AUGCUGGAUAUCUUGUGCGGAGAAGAUGAUAUUGAAGUCACGUGCGAUACGUGGAAUCGCGGAGAAUCACCGGCCCCAUGGCCCGUGGACGACCGAACUGGACACGUGGACCUUGCAGGGACAGCGAGCCUGCGCAUUCUGCAAGACCGGCAGGACCAUUCCUUGCGCGUCAGAGUGUCAAUGGACGCUUCCCUGAAUGAUCCAGACGGGUUACUGGUUUCAUCUGGGGAAGACUAUGCGUUCGCACCUGACGAUUAUGUGACACCCUACUAUGCGGAGAGCGCAGUCUCCCAAAUCUCGAGCGCUCCAACACCUGCACUAUACACGGACAGUCAGGGACAGCCCAGAUGGAGUCGGUCUGCUUCGUUGAGCGUUCCUGAGCCUCAGACUCAGGGCCUAAACUUUGUGCGCAUAAGAGACUGGAACCCUGACGCAGCUUACGAUGAGCAGCCGCCUAGGUACCUCCACUACCGAAUCGACUGGCGACUGAUGAUCAAUAAAUCGAUUGUAUCCAGGAAUACCAUUGAGGAUAUCGUACUACAGCCGACCUCAUACGGGCCCCGUGUUCUCCUGCCUCGACUUGAAGAGGUGCUGAAGAGAAAGAUUCUACCCCCUCGGUCUGUUCAACCUAGCGAAACAGAUGUCGAGAUAAAGGUGACACGAAAAGCCGAGGACAAUUUUGCGGCGCAGUACGGAAAGACAGAUGUUAACUGGCUAGAAGUGGAGAGUAAGCUGCUCAAAAGGAGUGAACUAUUUCGUACAGGGAAGAAGCUGCGAGUGAUUAUCUGCUUCCGGUAUGUGGAAACCACUACGGAGUCGACACCGAACAUCAUAAAUGCAAAUGGCAAAAGAGUAAGAGGUAGUGCCACAGAGCAGCAGCGGGCUGAACUUACUGAUGAGGCGAAUGCCGAACAGGCGUUAACGGGCCGACCAGCCGCAUAG